AAGGGGCCCUUAUGGCUCAAGUCAACCAACCUUUCUUUGACCUGCGAACUACAGGCCUCUAGUCGCCGAGUGGGCGGCUCAUGUCCAGCCGGUGGCUUCAGGCUGCCGUUGCUGCCGCAUCUUUUCUGUUAGUGCACAUCCAUGCGCAGACGGUGCCAGAAUGUCAGGGCACGAUGAUCAACUGCGGCGAGGAGGGUGCCGGAGAUGAUCCGUGCAGUAUCUCCACAGCGUGCACCAAGACCUUCCACACCUGCCCCACAAAAGGCGCCUUUCGGCAGUGCGGGAUGGGCAGGGGCCAGUGCGCUGCGGAGGGUGCCUGCAAUAUCCGGUGCUGGGGCAGGCGUGUGGGCUACGCCAGCUGUGCGGAGGUGCCGGUUGACUCCUGCCAAGACGCUUUUGCGGUGGAUGCAUCCGGAAAUGGAAUGCACUGCAUGCUGAAGUCGAAGAGCGAAUGCGGCGACAGGCUGUCUUGCUUCCCGCCCCCGCAGCCUGUGCAGACCGCAUGAUCAAACGACGGCCCUGUGGCCAGCCCGCAGGGCGCGGCUUCAAGCCGAGUUUAUCGAAAUCGCCCCAGCUGGAUUUGAAGCGAGCGUAGCUUCUUAC